AUGGAAGAGUCUGGCCGCAUUAACUUCACCAUGACCGCAAGAGAAUACGAGCUCUUCAAGGAGGCCAAGAGGCGAGCGGCCUCCGAGAAACAAGCAAUUGUCUUGCGACCGCGCCAAGCUCCUGCUGAAGCUUCCAAGGAGCCCAUCCCUGUUUCAGAUCGGGGCUCUAAGAGAAAACAACCCGAGGGGUUUCCUCAGGUUCCUUAUCGCGAGCCUGACUUGGGGGCCCCGUCGAUCGGGGAAUAUGACGGGAGCAAAGACCCGGAGGAUCAUCUACGCAAGUUUAAGAAUGCAGCCUUAUUGCAUCAAUAUAGUGAUGCUGUCAAGUGUCAAGUUUUCUUAAAUACUCUAUCUGGCUCGGCACUAAAGUGGUUUGAUGGGUUACCACAAGGAUCCAUCACAUGUUUCUUGGAUUUCAAGAUGACCUUCCUUCGUCGUUUUGCUAGCAGCAAAAAAUAUCAGAAGACUGAUCAUUGUCUUUUCACUCUUAAGCAAGAGCCGACUGAGCCUUUAAGAAGUUACAUCAAUCGCUUCAACAAAGUGGCCCAGGACGUCCCCAUUGCCACUUCAGAGAUUCUGAUGAGUGCUUUCUCCCACGGAUUAGGAGAGCGAGAAUUCUUUAGGGAUCUCAUCAAAAAUCUCGCUCGGAAUUUUGAUGAGAUGGUGGAAAAAAUCGCUUGCUAUAUCAAGGUGGAAGAAGCACAAGUGGCCCAGAGGAAAGCCGAGAGACCACCUCCAUCUGCCAAUAAGCCAGAAAGAAGGGUACCUCAACCACCUCCUCAACCUCUUCCGCGCGCUGGGGAAGCCAGACCUACCUUCCAUCUCGGGCCGGAGGUUAGACUAGCCCCCGCGUCAUAG